CACUAAAGCACUUACAUGCAAGAUGGCUUUUUCUCAGUGACGUUUACUGUUAGCUAACCUCUCCUUAUUCUCUUAUCUCCAUUUUUCUGUCUGUUGGAAGGGAAUAAUUAUGGAUUAUAUAAAAUGUUUACUCUUGUGGGUAUUGUACCAAAGCACAGAUGCAAUAAAUGUAACGAUUCAUGACACCAUCGUACCUACAGUUAACCCACUGACAAAUAUAACAGAAAGAAACGGAGAAUUCGUCUACCCUUGCUAUGUGAGUGUUGUUGUUUAUAAAUCACCUGAUCUAACUGAAACGUACUCGAAAGGUGCCAAUGUGUAUGCAGUUACUCGUGAACGUUCCGACACGGAUAAAUAUAUUGGAUACUCUUCAAGCAAAACAGAUCGAAAUGGUCACGCAUGUGUGCUAUCAUUUUGUCGUAAACAAGCCAUUCUCUUUGUUGAGACCGGAAGCAAAUCAACUGGAAAUCUGGAACGUUUGUAUGCUGCUCCCAAAGGCAAACAAGCUAUACUGCGUCAAUUCACCUUUGACAUUCAAACUCGCAUGGAAGAAAUAUACUUCAAUGUUCGCAGUUGGGGUACUAUUUUGGGUAAAAGUGGACCUGUUUAUAACGAAUUUGAAUUAAAUCAAUGUCUCAAUGCUGGUACCAAGAAUUUUCACUUUGUGUACUCUUUUCUGGCACAAGCAGAAAAGUUAACACCAACUCUUCCAUUAGACACGUACGUAAAGCCGCUUUCUUGGUACUUUCUGCCAGAAGGAGCACCAGGAUACCAAGCUUGCUUCAUGAAAAUUAAAGUAAAGAUACGGUCUUAUCAGUCCAUGCUCCAUCUAUCAAGCUACGACAAUACUGCAUCUGCUUAUGGGACAUUUGAAGCUGGACCUAAAGCCUCUCCUACAAAUGAUAGUGAAGUAAAAGCUGCUUGCAUGGAGUUCCGAUGUACUGUCAAUGGAUUGUCGCCUAUAACACACGUGGUUGGAAACAUUUCAUUUCCCUCAGCGUAUUGUUGUAAAAUUGAAACCGCUCCUACUGUGAAAGGUUUACAAUCGAACGACACAUUUUUUUCGAUCGAUCUUCGGGUAGACGAUAAUUAUGGGCCAAAGGAAGGAAUUUAUAAAGACUCGACACAUGACAGAGCAAAGGCAAACUGUUACACGGGAAGCGACCAGUAUUACCCACCAUACGACAUGAAUCCAACCACAAACUACUUUAUAUCGUAUGACUGUACAAAACCAUGUGCUUUGCCUAAAGUUGGUUGAAACAUAUCAAUAAAUAUUGUAUCAAAUUCA